AUGGCAUCUAACAAAGCAACUCGGUUGGGUGAGGAGAUCUGGAAAACCCGAAUCGAUAAGGUCAACGCAGAGCUCGUCACCUUGACGUACGGAACCAUCGUCGCACAGCUCUGCAAAGAUUACGAAAGCGAUUAUGCGGAGGUGAACAAGCAGCUCGAUAAGAUGGGCUACAACAUCGGACUGCGAUUGAUCGAAGACUACCUUGCUAAGUCCAACACCAUGAAGCGAUGCGCCAACUUCCGCGAGACAGCCGAGAUGAUUUCCCGUGUUGGAUUCAAGAUCUUCCUCAACAUCACUCCUCAAGUCCUGAAUUGGACAAGUGAAAAUGACCAGUUCUCGCUGGUGUUUGAAGAGAACCCUCUGGCCGACUUUGUCGAGCUUCCCGACGAUGGGCGAGCGCAAGAUCAGCUCUGGUACUCCAACAUUCUAUGUGGAGUGCUACGAGGUGCACUGGAGAUGGUGCAGAUGCAGGUUGAGGCUCACUUUGUCAGUGAUGUCUUGCGAGGCAACGAAAGUACAGAGAUGAGGGUUUCGCUAAUUCGAUACCUUGACGACGAAUUGCCACCUGAGGAUGACUGA